AUGGACCAGACCGCAUAUCUUGCCAUCAGUGGCCGGCAUGUCUUCAUUACAGGUGCGGCAGGCAGCAUAGGGAGCCAAGCUGUACGGGAGUUUUUGGAUCAAGGAUGCAAUGUGACUGCACAUGACCUCAGCCCUGUCCAGUUACAAACUUCCGAAACAGAUCGUUUGCAUACAGUAACAGGAGAUAUCUCAGAUGAAGAUUCAAUCAAGUCAUGCAUGGAACAAGCUCAACAGCGAUUCGGACCUAUCGAUAUUCUCAUAGCGAAUGCAGGCAUUGCAGACGAGAGCCAGGCAUAUCCUAUCUGGGAUUUGCCUGUGGACAUCUGGGACAAGAACUAUCGAACCAAUGCCCGCGGAACUUUCCUGACUAUCAAGCACUUCCUUCGCGCCGCAAAGAGCGCGCAGGAAAAUCAAGGAGGAAGGGAACUCGACAACUUGGCUAUCGUGAUUACUGGCAGCGAGUACACAAAGGAAGCCGGCUAUUCCGACUACGCUUCUGGCAAGGCCGGAUUGCAGUAUGGAUUGAUCCAGGGACUGAAGAAUGAAACCGUGAGAUUGAAUAGGAAAGCUCGAGUGAAUGCUGUGGCUUAUGGCCCUGAAAACGUUGCGCGUGCAAUGGCUUUCUUAGCUUCCCAUCGUGUAGCUGGCCACAUUUCCGGUCAAUGCAUCUCCGUAGAGGGUGGUAUAGAUGGCCGACUUGUAUGGAAAGAGAACGAGGUAGUCAAUACGUCUGAUCUCUCAGUUUCCUCAUCUGUACAAAUGAUACCCCAAUCAAUGCCUAAACCGCCACGAAACAAGAUUAGAGUGGCUGUCUCAAUAGACUUGGAUGCCGUAUCCGGCUGGCUUGGAACAGGCUACUCUCCUGACAAUGUGUUAGCUGAUUACUCGGCAGGCUUUUUCGCUGCCCGAGUGGGUGUACCUCGACUCCUGAACAUGCUGAAAAGAGUUGGUAUCGCGAACAAGGUGACAUGGUUUAUCCCCGGCCAUUCAGCCGAGAGUUUCCCGCAAGAAGUCCAGCAGGUUGUCGAAUCUGGAUGUGAAGUUGGCUUGCACGGCUACGCUCAUGAAGGAGCAUACUCACUCACCGUCCAGCAAGAACGAGAUAUUCUCGAAAAAUGCAUAGAGAUAGCCACAAAAAUCACAGGCAAAAGACCUGUGGGGUAUCACGCUUCUCUCACAGACCACGACUGCCACCCUUUCUUUGCUCCUCGCCGACCUCCCCUCCAACCUAUCGACUACACCAAACCUGCCUCUAGCUGGAUGCACCCAAUCCCAUCAUCCUCAUCCCUGGAUCAAAACAUCUCCUCCGAUUGUCGACCCUUGGUCGAGGUGCCCUGUAAUUACUACAUGGAAGACAUGACGCCGAUGCAAUUUCUGCCGCACGUACACAAUUCACAAGGCUAUGUCGACGUGCGCGUCAUCGAACAGAUGUGGCGCGAUCGAUUUUUGUGGAUUCGUGAACAUGAAUCGGAGCCGAUCUUCGCUAUGCUGAUGCAUCCGGAUACAUCUGGCAUGGCACACGUAAUUGGAAUGGUGGAGCGGAUGAUCAGGUGGUUGCAGAGUUGGGGAGAGGAUGAGGUCGAGUUUAUGCAGACCGGAGAGAUUGCGAGGUGGUGGAAGGAGGAGAACCUACGAAAGUAA